AUGGAGUACGGAGUACGGAGUAGCUUCACCCCCAUCGCCUUAUCUGGUGGCCAUAUCGGCCCGCAAUUUAUCCGCGGGGAAAUGUACAUCACCAACACUUUCUUGUUGCGCAACAUCAUGGCUCUCAGACUCGGCAGGCUGGUGCCUCGUCGCCAAUGGAAUUGCACAAUACCCAGUGUUCGGCCCUUCAGUUGCACUGGAUUCAAUGGCUCUGGGCACAACAAAUGGUCCUCAAUCAAGCACGACAAGGCCCGCAAUGAUAAGGCCAAAAGCAAAGAACGGGCAAUGAUGGGCAAAGAGAUUGCCAGUGCUACACAGAUGUGGGGUGCCGAUACAAAAUACAACCCCCGUCUAGCCCUAGCCCUCUCAAACGCAAAACGAGCCUCCAUUCCUAAGAUCGUCAUCGAUGCCGCAAUUGCACGAGGACAAGGCCUCAGUGUCUCAGGUCAGGCACUGGAAUCCCUGACCAUCGAAGCUAUGCUGCCGGGCAAUGUAGCCGCAGUGGUGGAGUGUCAGACAGAUCAGAAGGGGCGCGUGCUACAAGACGUGCGCUAUCUCAUCAAGGAUAAUGGUGGAAUCGUCACCCCGACUACCUUCCUCUUCGAGCGGAAAGGGAAAGUGGUAAUGGAGAAGAAGGACGAGACGGAUCCAGAUGACUUCCUGGAUCAGGCGAUUGAAGCUGGUGCAGCGGACAUUACUACCGAUGAUAAAGGCCGUCUUGUGCUUUUGACCGAUCCCUCGGAGACAAAGACUGUUGGAGAGACGUUCGCUAAACUUUCUGGUCUUGUGAUCGAAGAAUUGGAAAUGAUUUGGGAUCCAAAUACAGAUUCCUUGGUUGAGGUGCAAGACGAAGAACAUACCAAGGCAUUGGAAGAUCUUCUGACUGCUCUACGGGAAGAGCCCAGUGUGCAAGACAUAUACCUGAACUCGACUGAACAGUUCUGA